CCUCAUUCAUUCAGGGAUCAUAUGUCGCCUCGCCGCCUGACACUGCUGCGAACGCCCAUGCUCCGCUACUCCUGGCAGAGCUUUGGGAUCAUGUCAUCGACCACUUGUGGGAUGAUCCCUCAGCUCUCCGAGCGUGUAGCCUGACCUGCUGGGCGUGGGUCCCAGAGACACGCCAUCAUCUCUUUGCGAAGGUCCUGUUUCUCUCCAAACACAAGUGCCUGCGCUUCCAGGAUGCGCUCGAGAAGUCCGAGCUCGUGGGAACGAGCAUCCACGAGUACGUGAAAAGCGUCGUGAUCGUCGGCAUCGGCCUGCCACUAUGCAGACUCGGUGCGUUCGAUAAUGGUAACGCGAUGUUACUGCGAGACAUCUUUAGUCGGCUGCGUCGCGUCCAAUCUUUGGAUCUGAACGCAGUCGAUAUCGAUGCCAGCCUUCCAUCGCAAUUCGCGGAUCUGGACGCGGAACUUCUCCCCUUCUCUGACCUCUUCCCAUUCCCUGAGCUUAGGGAACUACGUCUCUCCUCGGUGAUAUUCAACUCUCGGAAUGAUAUCAUGCGGCUUCUAGCGGUGUUUCCUCGAUUGUGCCGUCUCACCGCAAGUGAGUUGCUUUGGCAGGGUCGGGGAACCAACGGCACACCGCUGGGCCCGGCUGAGCGCGAGAGCGUGCCCCGUAUGUUGAUCAAUCUCAAGGCACUGUGGAUUUCCACCUCUAUGAGAAGAUCGUGGAGCGGACAGCGUAUAAAGCGAUCUUUCGCGACCGCCGAUUGGGCCACGUAUGUUGCAGACUACAGGCGCCUCGUUCUGCAGUUGCUGCAUGACACUGCACCCACUGUCGAGCAGUUGUGUAUCACCACCGCCGAUUCCUUGGCAGAAGUUGACAGCCGUCUGUAUACCUGUGUGCGGGAUGUGAAGCUGCUCUUUCGAAACCUAGAUUCACGAUCACAUCUGCCUUUCUCCGCUGCGGCCCCUACCUUCCUCUCCCGACUCGCAAGUCGUGAUUUGACCGUUCUCACGCUAUGCUUCCAGGUCUCCAUGACCUGGACGAACACAAAUUGGUCGCUCGUAGACUGGCCAGCAAUCGACGACGUUCUCGUGCGCCUCCACCGGCAGAACACGGACUUCAAGGUCAUAUUCCGGAUCACUUGCGUAGUGGGAAAUCAGCCGACCUUGUUGGGGCGUUGCGCGUCAAGCGCAGACGUAGCAAAGGGACUGACCGACUUCUUGCCAAGUGCUACGGGUACACAUGUGCGCGUCGGUGUCUCUGCCUACAGUAUGACGGGCCCUGUUUUCUACAUUUCGCCAAGUGGGGAACUUUUAGAUGAGCAUAGUAUUUGAUAUGUAUACGGUUGUGGGUCAAGGAACAAGAGAAGUGUGCGGUGUCUCUGUACCUGUAGUAAUCGAGUUUAUGAAUUACGAAUCCAACAUGCCAGUCGCAAUG